AUGCGUGACCUCGCCACUUCUCGAACCUGUUCAUAUACGUGGUUUCUUUUCUGCGUUUUGCUAGCUACUUUUGUUCACUGCGAUGAAACAGACAGCUUGAAACCUUCUAUAACCGAACACCCACUUGACGCUAUAAUUGGUAAGGGCGAACCAGCAACGCUAAAUUGUGGCGCUAAAGGUCCAGAUGUACAAUUUUCGUGGUAUAAAGACGAUAAACCUGUAAGAACUAAUAAAGAAGACAGCCAGUCUCAUAGAUUAAUUCUGCAAAAUGGGGCGCUUUUCCUCUUGAGGGUUAAUGGCGGAAAAAACGAUAGUGAUGCUGGAACGUACUAUUGCGUUGCAAAAAAUGCUUAUGGCACCGCCAAGUCGCGGGAAGCUUCUUUAAGGAUAGCUUUACUGCUAGACGAUUUUCGAACUAGGCCAAGAGGAGUUCAGGCUGUUCUGGGGCAGAAUGCAAUUUUGGAGUGCUCUCCACCUCAUGGGUUUCCUGAACCGGUUGUUAGCUGGCGAAAAAACGAACAGGAGCUUUUGGUAACGGGGAAUGGGAGAAUUUCCUUGAAUCUUCCGGGGAAUCUGGUCAUUAAAAAUGUGGAACGGAAAGACGCUGGGAUGUACCAGUGCGUUGCUAGAAAUAUGGUUGGUGAAAAAGUUUCUAAUCCAGUGAAGCUGUCAGUUUAUGAGAAACCUUAUUUUGUGACGAAACCAAGGGGAUUGUCGGUUGAAGUUGGGCGUACAGCUAAAUUUGACUGUCGGGUUUCUGGAGAUCCAAUGCCAGCUAUUUCAUGGAAGAAGCGAGACAGUGCGAUGCCUGUUGGACGUGCAUAUAUUUCUAAAGGCAACGAUGGCUUAACUGUAGAAAAAGUUGAGGUAGCAGAUGAGGGUGAAUAUAUAUGCAUAGCAAAGAAUCCAGCAGGAGUGAUUGAGGAGUCUGCCAGGUUGGAAGUUUAUGAACAACCACAGUUUUUGGUGAAACCUGUUGAAGUUACUGUUGAGAGAGGCGGUACUGCGACGUUUCACUGUAAAGUUAAGGGUCAUCCUACACCGGCACUUUUUUGGUUACGGGAAGGACAACAGGAACUUUACUUUCCUGGACGAGGGUCUCCUGACGGGCGAAUUAAAGUUUUAGAGGAUGCGCAGUUGGUUAUUAAAGGAGUUGAGCCGUCAGAUGCUGGUUAUUAUACUUGCUCGACUUUGAAUGGCCAUGGCAGCAACUUGGCUAAGGCACCGCUUAAAGUUGUAAGCAAAAGUAAGUGCUCAGUUGGUAACAUAUUUGUAGACUAA